CGAGCAUUCCCAGCAACGACAGAGCCGCAAUCGUCGCUAAAAUACCCGGUCAUCUGAAUCGCCGCUUCAGAUAUACUUACAACGCGAGUGAUCGCGAUCUGCGCCAGCCUGCUCCACGCGCAUCGCGCCAUCUGAGCGCCGCCGAUUUAAGCUUCGCCUUCAAGUCUUAAGAUCAGCGAUAGCCUGAACACUCAAGAUGCCUAAAUUCUUCUGCGACUACUGCGAUGUGUACCUUACACACGACUCCAUGAGUGUGCGAAAGGCGCAUAACUCCGGACGAAACCACCUGAGGAACGUGUUGGAAUACUAUCAGCAAAUCGGUCAAGAGAAGGCCCAGUCUGUCAUCGACUCCAUCACCUCGUCGUACGCCGCCGAAGGUCAAGCCGUGCCGAAUCCUGCCAUGGCUCCCCCGGGUGCUUUCCCUCCUCCCCCGUUCGCCUUUCCUCCCGGUCAAUUCCCUCCUCCCCUUCCCUUCGGAAUGCCCCCGCCAGGAGCCCCCAAUGGUGCCCCGGGCAUGCCUCCUCCCCCCGGAGCUCGCGGUCUCCCCUUCCCUCCUCCCUUCCCUGCCGUAUCAGGCGCUCCUCCCGGUGGUCUCCCCCCGCCUCCUCUCCCCAACAUGCCCCCGGGUCAGGCCUUUCCCCCUCCCCCUGGCGGCUUCCCUCCCAGCUUCCAAACCCCUCCUCCAGGUGCCCCCGGCUUCCCUCUCAUCCCUCCCCCCGGCCAGUCUCCCGCCGGAUACAGUCCCAGCCCAGGACCUGGGAUGGGCGGUCCCCCGGGACCAGACGGAUAUGCGCCCCCUGGUGCAGGACCGGGUGGUCUCCCUGGCCCGCCUCCGGGAUUGGGCGACUCGCGAUGAGAUUGAUCUGGGAAGUUGACGAGAUAUCUCUUUCCUCACGGUUUUUCCUUUCUCUUUUCUUUUGUUUUCCACAUCGAACAUUGUACACGUGGUGUUAAAACAGUGAUUAUUACUAUACCUUGAUUUUCUAGAUUCUAUUCCUCUAUUUUCGUCGUUCAGGAUUCGUUUCCAGCGUUAUCUAUCUCUUUCUCUCUUUUUUUUUCGUUUGCCUGGUCACUGGUUUUCGGUGUUGUUUCUGAGUGUUACAUAAAUGAUAUCGGAAAUUGGAAACAAAAAAAUGCG